UGGUGAUGACACAUGUCCGGGGCGGUGGAGAAGGAAAGAUGGCGGCGCCCAUGGAGGUGGCCGUGUGUACCGACUCGGCGGCCCAGCUGUGGAGUUGCGUCGUGUGGGAGCUGCACUCGGGCGCCAAUCUGCUCACGUACCGCGGCGGCCAGGCCGGGCCUCGCGGCCUGGCGCUGCUCAAUGGCGAGUACUUGCUGGCGGCGCAGCUGGGCAAGAACUACAUCAGCGCCUGGGAGCUACAGAGGAAGGACCAGCUUCAGCAGAAGAUCAUGUGCCCCGGACCGGUCACCUGUCUCACCACGUCGCCCAACGGCCUCUACGUUCUGGCAGGGAUCGCAGAGAGCAUAUACCUGUGGGAGGUUUCCACAGGGAACCUUCUGGUCAUCCUGAGCCGCCACUACCAGGAUGUGUCGUGCCUACAGUUCACGGGGGACAGCAGCCACUUCGUCUCGGGGGGCAAGGACUGCCUGGUGCUGGCUUGGAGCCUCUGCAGCGUGCUGCAGGCAGACCCCUCCCGGACCCCCGGACCCCGGCACGUGUGGUCUCGCCACACCCUCCCCAUCACAGACCUGCACUGCGGCUUUGGUGGGCCCCUGGCCCGGGUGGCCACCGCCUCGCUGGACCAGACAGUGAAGCUGUGGGAGAUCUCCUCCGGUGAGCUGCUGCUGUCUGUGCUCUUCGACGUGAGCAUCAUGGCCGUGACCAUGGACCUGGCUGAGCAUCACAUGUUCUGCGGUGGCAGUGACGGCUCCAUCUUCCAGGUCGACCUCUGCACCUGGCCCGGGCAGAGAGAGAAGAGCUUCCAGCCGGAGCAGGACCACGGGAAGGUGUUCAGAGGGCACAGGAACCAGGUGACCUGCCUGUCAGUGUCCACGGACGGCAGCGUGCUCCUCUCGGGCUCCCACGACGAGACGGUGCGCCUCUGGGAUGUGCAGAGCCAGCAGUGCCUCAGGACGGUGGCUCUCAAAGGCCCCGUGACCAACGCCUGCAUCAUGCUGGCGCCCAUCAGCAUGCUGAGCUCCGACUUCAGGCCCAGCCUGCCCUUGCCCCACUUCAACAAGCACCUGCUGGGCACGGAGCAUGGGGAUGAGCCGCGCCACGGGGGCCUCACGCUGCGCCUGGGCCUCCACCAGCAGGGGUCAGAGCCCAGCUACCUGGAGCGGGUGGAACAGCUGCACGGGGUGAUGUGCAGCACGUUGGAGAAGAACGUGCUGGGUGGCCAGGACCAGCUACGGAUCCGCGUGGCAGAGCUGGAGGACGAGGUGCGGAACCUGCGCAAGAUCAACCGCGACCUAUUCGACUUCUCCACGCGCAUCAUCACUCGGCCGGCCAAGUGAGCGCAUGUGCCCGACCCCGGCCAAGUGAGGCCCAGUGAGCACGCGCGUUGCCCGGACCCACACUCGGACCUGCCCCCUGGGCUCCCCCCAGGACCCUCCCGACUGGCUGGCAGACCCCGAGGCCCGAGGCCUGAGCCCAUCCUCUGCCGGCGUCCUAUCAUUUGGAUCUGCCCACCAGGGGGUGUGGUCCAGUGUUGACCUGCUGUCCUCCCGUGACCUGCCAUGUCGUGUUGGUGCUGUGCCGUGUCUAACAAAAGACCUGAAAUCCUGCCUCUCGGCCUCCUUGUGCCCACGCUGGGCUCAGGACCCCGGUGGCGGGACCUGCUUCAGGGACCUCACCGUAGCCAUCACAGGGUCCGAGUUUCAGAUCUAGCGUCGAGAAGCCUGGGUUCUCACCUCUUCACUCACCUGCCACCCCAGUGCCUUUCCAUGACCCAGAGGCCAUGCCACCCGUGGGACGGGACAGGGACAUUCUGGGAGCUGCAGGACGAGGUCCCCAGGGGCAGGAGUGACUCCGGGACAACAGUGCAGUCACACUGGUCCCGUCCCCCCAACCUGGGUCAGGGCAGCUGGCUCUGGGGUGGCAGCCAAUUCUGGGCCAGGGUCAUCUUGACCAGAACCUUCUUGGUGUCAGGGGCCGGAGGGAGGCCAGGCCCCACCCCCACCCCCACUGCCAAGGGGAGACAGGGACACCACCAGCUGGCACCUGGAGCCCAGCCGAGAGGUGGUCCCUCAGGCUGCCCAUGGAACCUUCCAGAAAGCUGCCCCCAAAUGACAGCCUGCUUAAUGGUCCAGAAAAUCCACAUGACUUAGCAGGUGCUGUAAUGACCUCGGCUGGGGGCUAGCUCCUGGUUCAUGUCUUUAGCUAGUGGGCAUCCCCGCUGGGGCUCUGCACCCACCCUCAUGGCCCACCUUGUGCAGGAAGCUGCCAGGAGAGGAGUCCUGCUGGCUGAUAGGGUCCACAUUGUAGGUGCAGCCCCUGGGCCCCUGGUGGAUCCCAAGAAGUGAGGCGGGGUGGGGGAGUGGGUCGCGAGGCAGCUCAUCAGAGCAGAGCUGGGGGUCGGAGCUGCGCCCUCCUCCCCAGAGCACCCAGGGCUGUUUUCCUGUCUGCAGUCUGCGUCCAGUCCGUCCUCACCCCCUUGGUUUCCGGAGGGUCCGGAAGAUUAGGAGAGGGCCUCAGAAUUUGGCUGAGAUUCCCCUGGGGCCAAGGGCCACCUCACCUGCCCGGGCCCUGCGUCCCCAGGCCCUGGCGCUGGUGAGGGUCCCUGGCAGCCCUGGUGCUGAGCCUGAGGCCUGCUGCCCUCUGCCUGGGACGCUGCCCCACGCCCCCAGCUGUCUGCACUCGCCCCGUGAUUCAGUGGCUUGGAAGGAGAGGCCAGUUUUUGAGGCCCCAGUGUUGCUCUUUGUCUUGUGGAGUCCCAGGCAGGAGCUGGCAGGUGGCCAGGAGACGGGCUGGGGAUCGGCCAAUGUCUGGCAGCCACCUCCCGGGCUCUGGGUUUUUCCCUGGGGAGCAGGGGUAUUGUUCUCAUUGCCCUGGAUCCUCAGCUGCCACCUUGGGUCCUGGGAUUCCUCCUGGCUCAUCUGCCACACCCAUGGCUGGGGUGAGGGUAGGCACCCCUGGGUGGGGUCCCCACCCCUGGGGCUGUCACUUUGAUGACUCGGCCCUGAAGGGGGGUGCCUGGCUGGGCCUGGGAAGAUCCUCCAGUUGACACGCAACCGUCUUUGCCCGCGCUGUCUUGCCACCUGUCCUUGUGGGCCUGCAAGGUCUCCUGUCCCCCUUCCGCGGGCCAUGCUGAGAGAGUUCACAGGAGGUCGGUUGGCGGGAGCUGGUUGCAGAGAAGGUCGCUGGUGGGCCGUGAAGGCUGGAGCCCCUUUACCUCUUUCCCUGAAAUCCCCACAUGGCCCUGGGCAAGCCACACACCUGGCCCUGAGGCUCGGUGUCAUCUGUAAAAGGGAACACACACCUCCUCGGCCUGCGAGGAGCCUUCAGGAGCUGGUGUGCAGCUGAGCAGGUGUGUGACAGGCGCCAGGCACACGGCCAGCAAUGCCGCUGUUGUCCUGUCUGUAAGAAUCUGUAGAAGCACAAUUUGACCCUGAAUCCUGGGCCAUCACUGCCAGAGGGGCAGGUGCAGGCGGCACCCAGCAUUCACAGAUGACUCCUGCAUGUGCGCUGAGUUUAUGUGAACCGCAGUGACAUACUGCCUCUCACACACCAGGACAGAUGUUAUUUAAGAAACAAAACGUGUCAGGAGGCGAUGGAGAAAUCUGAGCCCUUCUGCACUGCUGGUGGGAAGGUGAAAUGGUACAGCCGCUGUGGCCAAUAGCCUGGAGGGUCAUCAAAAAAUUACAUGUGGAAUCACCAUAUGCUCCAGCAAUCCCCCUCCUGAGUGCAUCCUCCAAAGAAAUUAAAGCAAGAGACUCGA